AUGACAAAGAUACGAAUUGCUGUACAAGGUUGUUGCCAUGGAGAGCUUGAUACUGUAUUUCAAAAAGUUAGGCAGCUUCAUUCUUUGAAGCCCCUUGAUCUUUUAAUUAUUUUAGGCGAUUUUCAAAGUAUUAGAACUAAAGAGGAUAUGAAUUACAUUAGUGUACCUUUGAAAUAUCGAAAAAUGGGUGAUUUUCAUAAAUAUUAUUUUAAUGAUACCUGUAAGGUUCCAGUUCCAGUUAUAUUUAUCAGUGGAAAUCAUGAAUCAAUGAAACAUUUGAUGGAAUUACCUUAUGGAGGAUAUGUUGCUCCAAAUAUGUAUUAUUUAGGUUAUAGUAAUGUCAUAUGGUUUAAAGGUGUGAGAAUUGCCUCUAUUAGUGGAAUUUUCAAAGAUUGGGUCUUUGAAACCCCGAGACUCAGUUGGAAAGAUGUAGAACUACGACAGUUAAAUAAUGGUAUAGGGCAUCCAAAACUCAAUAUAAAAACAUUAUACUGUGUAAAACGUAUAGAUGUUUUACCUUUCUAUUUAUUAAAUAACGAGAGAGGGAUAGACAUCAUGAUAAGUCAUGAUUGGCCAAACGAAAUUGUAUACCAUGGGGAUAUACAACGAUUAUUAAAAUAUAAACCAUACUUUAGAAAAGAUAUUAACAACCACCAACUUGGAAGCCCCGUAAAUUGGGACUUAUUGUGUAGACUGAAACCCAAAUGGUGGCUUAGUGCACAUCUGCAUGUAAAAUAUAGAGCUACAGUACAGCAUGAAUUGCAAGAGAAAAAUAGUCUUUCUACUAAAAAAAAUGAAAAUGAGAUUGACUUAGAACUUUCUGAUGAAGAUGAAAAUUUUGAUAAAACACAGAGUGAAAACCUAAUAAGAUGUAAUUGUCAAACUUCAGUAACUAAUUUUUUAGCACUUGAUAAAUGUGCACCUAGAAGACAAUGGAUAGACGUUAUUGAGGUUGAACAAGACAAAAUGCAUAUAUCUUCGCAAGAACCUACAAAUGGUGACAUGUUAAAUCUGUAUUGGGACGAAGAAUUUAUCAAGGCUUUAAAGUAUGUUCAAACAAACAAAAGCUCCUUAAAAGAGCUAACCAAUAAUAUAAUUAAAAAAGAUUCAUACUCCCUUUUGUCAGAAACAAACGUUUUACACACAUACGGGAAAUAUGAAGCCAACCUUUACAAAGUUCCGACAUACACCAAGGGUAUUCAAAGAAGAGAACAGGAACAAACGAAUUAUUUUGAGAAAAAUUUUUUAAACCAAUAA